AUGCUUCGAGAAUAUGGAGAAGGUUCAAGAGUGGCAGAGUGGGAGAAAUGGGAAUUUCAUCGGAGGCGCGAUGCAUAUGCAGUGCCCUCGACUUGGAAAUGGUUUGGUCCAAGCUGUCACGGUACUGGUGCGUAG